AUGGCAAUGGAUGAAAGCAGCACUCCUAUGGACCUCAGCACUCCUGUGGAUGUCAGCAUUCCUGUGGAUCUCAGGACUCCUGUGGAUCUCCGCAGCACUCCGGCUUGGGAGAUGGACAAGUUCAUAGAGGAUCAACUUCUUCCUGACUCUACAUUUCUUACUGAGGUCAGAGCAGACAUCGAAGUCAUAAGUGCUUUUCUGAAGGAGAGAUGCUUCCAAGGUGCCGCCCACCAUGUGAGGGUCUCCAGGGUUGUGUUGGGUGGCUCCAACAAUGAACAGACUGCACUCAAGGGCAGGUCAGAGGCCAACAUGGUGGUGUUCUUUAACAAUCUCACCAGCUUUGAGGAUCAGUUAAAGUGGCGUGGAGACUUCCUUGAGGAAAUUCAGAAACACCUGUGCCAGUUGCAACAAGAGAGACAAUUUAAAGUGAAGUUUGAGAUCCAGAGCUCAGAACAGCCGGACUGCAGGUCUCUGAGCUUCAAGCUGAGCUCCCCUGAGCUCCAGCAGGAGAUGGAAUUUGAUGUGCAGCCAGCCUAUGAUGUCCUGU